UCUCGGAAGUUACGUACUCAAGACGCAACGGUCCAACAAGAUGUCUCUGAGUUCAAAGAUGUAACAACAAAAUCUGAGAAAGCAUGCGUGGAUCAGGUGGUCGUUCUCAAAACCGAAGUGCAAGGCCUGUGGCAAGCUGCGUAUGAUCAGCUGGACGAAACCCAAAAGCAUGUUCUUUCGACAGUAAAUGUCCCUGGUAAAUCCAACAGCAGUGGUACUCCACACGCAGGUACAGAUGUUGUUGAUGCAGUUGUCGAAAGGACCAAGGAACAUUAUAAAGAAUACACAUACACAAAUAGGAGCCUGGAGAUUGCCAAGUGGAAUGGGAAGACCAUAAACCUUCGUGAGGUUUCAAAGGAUAUUAUCAGUGCUGCAAUGUCCUUCAACGAAAUCAUCACCUCGUUUGUAUCUGUCGACCCUACUCACUGUGCAUCGAGCGCUUGGGCAAUCGUGUCACUAGGACUGACGAUGGCGCGCAAUUAUCAAGACUCUCUAACCGCUCUGUUUGAAUCUUCAGAGUAUUUGGCCAAGACAUUAGCUCGAGGCGCCUUUGUGGAAAGAGAAUUCUAUCUCGCUAGCGACUCCAAAAGGAGUCCUGAAGUGAGAAAUGCCAUAAUUGGAAUUUAUAGAGCGAUCUUGCUCUAUACGGUAGAUGUAUGGAGUGCUCAGAAUGCUGGCGAAGGAAGGAAGAUAGUGGACUGUUUUUUACCGAAGACGGUUCAGUCACUCAAGGACUUUCAAUCCUCUGUCGACCAACAGGAGCACACUCUGCAGUGGUACCUUGCUAUGGAUCACUACCUCAAUUUCAAAAAAAAGGCUGAAGAAACGCUGUCUAAGAUCGACGAAGUUCUGUUGUCUCUUCGAAAAUUGGGAGACGACAGUGUCCUUUCGAAGCUAGUUAGCCUGGACGACGCUUGCUUUGACGCCUAUCAGGAGAACGAUGACGUAUGGGAUAAAUCCGAAGGCAGGUGUCUACCCGAUACCAGAAUUGAGCUUCUUGAACAAGUCACGGAGUGGGCAACAUCUCCUGAGGGCCAAUGCGUCUUUUGGUUGCAUGGAAUGGCUGGCACCGGCAAGUCCACCAUAUCAAGGACAGUGGCCGCAUCAUUCAAAGAGAGCGGUAUCCUCGGGGCAAGCUUUUUCUUCAAGAGAGAUGCGGGCGAUCGCGCGAAGGGAAAACGACUGUUUACCACCAUUGCAAAGCAACUUGUGGCCAGUGAACCCCGAUUGAUACGCGGCAUCGUAAGCGCGGUUCAGGAUGACGGAAGCAUCUCAGAUAAGUCACUGAAAGUGCAAUUCGAAAAGCUUUUGCAAGAGCCCCUUCUCGGCCUGAAACCGGAUCAGUUCAGUGGAGGAGCCCGAACUUUGGUAAUUGUCAUUGACGCACUGGAUGAGUGUGAACACGAAAAGGACAUCAGAGAUCUACUUCAGCUCCUACCACAAGUCACGCAGGCUGGGCCAUUGCGGUUGCGGUUUUUCCUGACCAGCAGGCCUGACUUGACAGAAAACUAUUUCAAGGAGUGGCAGGAAAAAGAUCGCCGACAUAUGGCUCUGCACGAAAUUCCUCUUGAGAUUACGGCGGGUGACAUAAAGAUUUUCUUGAUCAGCCGAUUGAAGAAAAUCCAAGAGGAUAGGAGCCUUGAAACAACUUGGCCUGGAGAACACACUAUCGAUAAGCUUGUUGCGAUAUCAGUGCCUUUGUUCAUCUUCGCAGCUACAAUUUGCCGUUUUGUUGGGACGGGGCCAUUUCCGCCUGAUGAGCGCCUUGCUGAAUUUUUGGAGGAUAUGGAGAAAACAUCUAGCUCGACCAUGCACCAAAUAUAUUUGCCAAUCUUGAAACAGCCUUUGAAAGAACUCACUCGGGAGAAGGACAUGCAAGAGUUCAUGCAAGCGUUCCAUGACUUAAUCGGAGUCAUCGUUCUUCUUGCUGACCCGCUUUCGAUAAGUGCACUGUCCAAGGUAACCGGCCUGGAGACGAGGUCUAUCAAAUAUACACUGAGGCCUUUUCGCUCUGUUCUCAGUUUUUCACGUCAAGAUCCACCUGAUCAAGACGUGCCUGUCAAAAUCCUGCAUCUUUCAUUUCGAGACUUUCUUCUCCAUGCCGACAGUCCCUUUCGGGUUGAGGAACGAGAAGGACACAAGAAGCUAGUCCAUCGAUGCUUUCGCAUCAUGGGCUCCUUGAAACAGAACCUUUGUGAUCUACCAAGCUAUGGAAUAACCCGGUCUGCUAUCCAGAGUGAAACCAUCAAGCAGUGCCUUCCACCAGAGCUGCAGUACGCCUGUCGCUAUUGGGGACAUCAUCUCGAGCAAAGCAAGGACAGGAACGCCUACGGAAAUGACGUUCGGUCAUUUUUAGAGGAACAUUUCCUUCACUGGCUGGAGGCAAUGAGUUUAAUGGGAGUCUUGAGCGAGUCAAUUCAUGCUUUGGAUACGGUGCUGUCAAUCUUUCAGGACCACCAGGAUCCCAGACUGUCCGAACUACUACACGAUGCAAAGCGUUUUACCUUGAAACAUUUGCAAAUGGCCGACGAUGCUCCACUUCAACUGUACUGCUCCGCGCUGAUAUUCUCACCGACGGAGAGCAUUAUCAGGAGGAGAUUUGAAGACAAACGACCCAAGGAGAUACACAUUCUUCCCCAAGUGGAACCGAGAUGGAGUGCAGAGCUACGGACCCUCGAGGGCCACUCCGACCGGGUCUGGUCUGUGGCCUUCUCCCCAGAUAACCAAAUUGUGGCCUCAGGCUCAGAUGAUAAAACUGUCAAACUCUGGCAUUCUCAGACGGGCGAAGAGAUACGGACUCUCAAAGGCCAUUCCUACCCGAUUUAUUCUAUAGCUUUCUCGCCUGACAGCCAAAUAGUAGCCUCGGGCUCAGAGGAUGGCACCAUCAAGCUUUGGGAUACUACGACAGGCAAAGAGCUACGACACCUCAAAGGCCAUUCCCGUUUCGUCCACUCGGUGGCCUUCUCCCCAGAUAGUCAACUGCUGGCCUCGGGCUCGAGUGAUGAAACUAUCAAACUCUGGGAUACUCAGACGGGUAGAAACGUACGGGUUCUCGAGGGCCAUACUACAUGGAUCCGAUCUGUGACAUUCUCUCCAGACAGCCGAACAGUGGCCUCGUCCGGUAAUUGGACUAUCACGAUAUGGGAUAUUCAGACGGGCGAAGAGAUACGGACCCUCGAAGGUCAUUCCGGGGCGGUCCACUCUGUGGCCUUCUCCCCCGACAGCCGAAUAAUGGCCUCGGGCUCGGCUGAUAAGACUGUCAAACUCUGGAAUGCUCAGACGGGCGAAGAGAUACGGACCCUCGAAGGCCAUUCCUGGUCGGUCCAUUCGGUGGCCUUCUCCCCAGACAGCCAGCUAGUGGCCUCAGGCUCGGAUGAUAAGACUGUCAAACUCUGGAAUGCUCAGACGGGCGAAGAGAUACGGACCCUCGAAGGCCAUUCCUGGUCGGUCCAUUCGGUGGCCUUCUCCCCAGACAAUCAAAUAGUGGUCUCAGGCUCGGCCGAUAACAAUAUCAAGCUCUGGGAUCCAAAGGCGGUCCAAGAGCCGCGGACCGUCAAAGGACAUUCGGGUUACGUCAAUUCUGUGGCUUUCUCCCCAGACAACAAAUUAGUGGCCUCGGGCUCGGCUGAUAACACUAUCAAGCUCUGGGAUGCUACAACUGGCAAAGAAAUACGGACCCUUGAAGGCCAUCUCUUUGGUGUCCGUUCUGUUGCCUUCUCGCCAGACAACAAAUUAGUGGCCUCCUCAGGGUCUGACGAUACUAACAUUAAGCUUUGGGAUGCUACAACGGGUAAGAAGAUACGGACCCUCGAAGGCCAUUCCCAGUUCGUCAUUUCUGUGGCCUUCUCCCCAGAUAGCCAGCUGCUGGCCUCGGGCUCGAAUGAUAAAACUAUCAAGCUCUGGAAUACUGAGACGGGCAGAGAGAUACGGACCCUUGAAGGCCAUUCCGGUCAGGUCCGUCAUGUAGCCUUUUCUCCAGACAACCAAACAGUGGCCUCGGUCUCUUCCGAUAUAUCUAUCAAGGUCUGGGAUACUACGACUGGCAAAGAGCUACGGGCUCUUAAAGGCCAUCUUGAUUUCGUCAACUCGGUCGCCUUCUCCCCAGAUAGCCAGCUGCUGGCCUCGGGCUCGAAUGAUAAAACUAUCAAGCUCUGGAAUACUGAGACGGGCAGAGAGAUACGGACCCUCGAAGGCCAUUCCGGUUCGGUCGAUCAGGUAGCCUUUUCCCCAGACAGCCAAAUAGUGGCCUCGGGCUCUUCCGAUUACACUAUCAAGGUCUGGAAUACUACGACUGGCAAGCAGCUACGGGCCCCUGAUUACCAUUCAGAUUCAGAUACGUCAGUCGCCGGUCAAACGUCAUACAAGCCACACCCCCAAGUUACUAUCACGAAUGGGUGGGUCGCUUUUAGGAAUGAAAAACUAAUAUGGCUUCCUUUUGAGUAUCGCAAGUUCACAUGUUCUGCUAUGACAGAUGACGCUCUUGUUCUUGGAUAUGCUGAUGGGAGGGUUUUCAUUAUUGGUUGCCGCAUAUAUUGA